AUGUUCCGCCUUCCGACCCAGAACCAUGUUGUCGACGAGAAGUCAAUGAUCAGUCUACGCCAACUAUACUGGAUUGACCAACGAUGCCGCCAGAUCUUUCCUGAGUCUCGGAACGUACCAUUUGGAGGGCUCAAUAUCAUCCUCGCCGGCGACUUCUACCAGCUUCCCCCGGUCUUCAACAAACCGCUCUAUUACACUGGUUCUACUGGAUCUCAGCCGUCAUGGCUUCUCAGCAGGCCUAUCGUACGUGGCGAUAUCCCGAGUAUGAUUCAUCAACGGGCUACUGUUCGAGACUCCCUCCGAUCUCGAGCGCUUUAA